AUGAUCGCGAUAGGUUUAGAAGGAAGCGCCAACAAGAUUGGUAUUGGCGUCAUUUCCCACCCUGCACCAGGCGAACCUCCCAUCAUCCUCUCAAACCUACGACACACAUACAUUUCCCCCGCAGGCGAAGGAUUCCUUCCUAAAGACACCGCAAUACAUCACCGAGCAUGGGUCGUGAGGCUUAUCAAACAGGCUGUGCGCCAGGCUGGAGUCAAGGUCGAAGACAUCGAUUGUAUAUGCUACACUAAAGGACCAGGCAUGGGUGCGCCACUUCAGAGUGUAGCACUCGCUGCGCGGACGAUCAGUCUACUAUGGGGCAAGCCGAUGGUGGGUGUCAAUCACUGUGUUGGGCAUAUCGAGAUGGGUCGCUCGAUAACCCGUGCUGACAACCCGGUUGUCCUCUACGUCUCAGGUGGAAAUACACAGGUCAUCGCGUACUCUGCACAAAGAUAUCGCAUCUUUGGUGAGACACUCGAUAUUGCGAUAGGUAAUUGCAUAGACCGCUUUGCGCGCACGCUCAUGAUACCCAACGACCCGUUCCCCGGCUACAAUAUCGAACAACUGGCCAAAAAUGGAAAGAAUCUAGUGGAUCUUCCGUACGGUGUGAAGGGUAUGGAUGCAAGCUUCUCUGGUAUAUUGGCUGCUGCGGAUCUCCUUGCGCGCGGGCUAGACGAGUCGUUACCACACGAGAAACGAUUGAAAACCGAGGAGGGGAACCUGGUCACAAAGGAAGACAUGUGCUUCUCUCUACAGGAAACCAUAUUCGCGAUGCUUGUCGAGAUUACAGAGCGCGCCAUGGCGCAUGUUGGCUCGCAGCAGGUUCUUGUGGUAGGGGGCGUAGGAUCGAACGAGCGGCUUCAGCAAAUGAUGGGAAUGAUGGCGAGAGACAGAGGAGGUAGUGUUUUUGCAACCGAUGAACGAUUCUGCAUUGACAAUGGCAUCAUGAUAGCGCAUGCUGGGCUUCUGGAGUAUGGCACUGGAAUUGUGACACCUUUGGAAGACACCACUUGCACGCAAAGAUUUAGAACAGAUGAGGUUUUUGUCGGCUGGAGGGAUUAG